AUGCUAGACGAAAGGCAUCAAAGACUUCCUCAGCCAGACAUAUGCGGCCACAAUGUUGUCAUUGUCCGGCCACCUAUGGCAGGCAAUUGUUUCGCAGCAACAGUCGUUGCUCAGAUGCGCAGGACCUACCCUCGACUUCGUUUCGGUCUCCUUGUUGGAAUUGGAGGAGGUGUGCCCACCAAAACAGACGAGGGACUGAUCCAUCUUGGUCACGUCGUAGUCAGUCAGCCAGUGGGUCAGCACUCAGGUGCCGUGCAGUAUGAUCAUGGUGAAGCAGAAGCGGACAAGUUCGUCCGAACAGGCUUUCUGGCACCGCCACCCCACGUCCUGCUAAAUGCCGCUCUGGAGGCGCAAGUGAACCGCCUCGGCAUGCCAACAGAUCCAUUGAUCGCUCAUCCCAAUUCUAUCGAUGUCACCAAACCUCGUCUUCGACAAUAUAGACGACCUGAAGCAGAUCAGGAUCAGUUGUACGAACCCGGUUACGUUCACUUGGACAGAGAAUUGUCAUGCACAGAUUGUGGUUGCGACACAACUAAGCGCAUCAAUCGAGACGCUAAUGACGAUGACUGGGUCGUAAUCCAUCGAGGCACAAUAGCCUCAGGAGAAGCAGUCAUGAGAGAUGGACUACAAAGGGAUGCAUUAGCACAAGAGCAAAAGAUUCUCUGUUUUGAGAUGGAAGCCGCUGGAGUACUGAACGACUUUCCGAGCUUGGUCGUUAGAGGCAUAUCUGACUACUCGGACUCUCACAAGAAUGACAAGUGGCACGGAUAUGCUGCAGCAGUCGCGGCGGCAUACACCAGAGAACUUUUCUAUCACAUGCCUGUGGAGGAAGUGAAGCAAUGCAAGAUUGCAGAGAAAGGUGACGCCAUGCUUACUUGGAAGUAG